AUGGGGAACUCUCAGGAUACUGAAUCGACCGGCAAGUGGCUGCAGGAUGAGACGCAAGAGUUGGUCCAGCGAUUUGGCCGGCUGAAUACCCUAGAUGACUUGAUCCGCCUGCGAGCAGCGGAUGCAGUCCAGGAGCCAAUUCUGGCGUAUCCGAAGUCUCUCGAUGCAGCCGUUGAGUAUGAGUAUUUUACCGGGGAGGACCUGAAUUGCAUGAUUGACCAUGCCGUGUGUGGUUUGGUGGAGGCUGGAUUCAAACCGGUUCGUUGUGGCCGAGAGUUCUGUUCUGCCAUGGCUAAUGCGAGACAGCCCAAGGAUGAGAAGACUGUCGCUUUGCUCACCCUGUCGAAUAUGGACAUGGUCGUCACAUUUUUUGCUCUCAGUCGCCUUGGAUAUACAGUGAUGAUGCUUUCUCCGCGUUUGUCCGGCGCUGCAUGCGUAUCGUUGCUCAAUACAGUUGGUUGCGAUACCAUCAUGUACGGUCAGACACCGAGCAUUAGAGAAACACUGGGCGAGAUCCUCCGGCAACAACUUGUUAUAGUAAGACCAAUCAUUCAGCGUGCUUCGCCGACUGAGUGUAUGGAUGGCCCAGCCUUCAUCUUGUUUCAAGGCAGUCGCAACGGCGCCGCUCGAAGACAACGGACCGCACUCAUUCUGCAUAGUUCCGGGUCGACCGGUACACCAAAGCCACUGUACCUAAGCCACCAAGCCAUUCUGACGCACCCGUUGCGUGGACCGGGCCUGACCUCGUUCAACACCCUCCCGUGGUAUCACCUGCAUGGCUUGUCGACUGCGUUCCAGGCAAUGUAUAUGAGGAAGGUCGCGUAUAUGUGGGACGCCUCGCUCCCACUCACAGCCACAUCUGUUGUCGCUGCUCUGGAAGCUGCUAAGCCGGAGUCAGUCCAGGGAGUACCGUAUCUGCUUCAGCUUCUCGUGGAUAGUGACAGAGGGCUGGAGGCUCUCCGGCUGUGUAAUAUGGUCACGUAUGGAGGUUCCGCGUGCCCAGAUGACCUUGGAGAUCGGCUUGUCGCUGAGGGUGUGAAGUUUGGCGGAUAUUUCGGAUUGACGGAGGCUGGCUUAGUAGCAGAGUCCGUCUCACGUCCAGUUGGGGAUCCACAUUGGAAUUACAUGCGGUUUUUCGACGACUUAAAACCCUAUAUCUGGAUGAAGCCAAUCUCAGACAACCUGUUUGAAUGCGUUUACCUAAAAGGGCAUCCUGCACUUACGGCCUCAAACUCCGACGACCCGCCGGGUUCGUACCAUUCUCGAGACGUAUUCACGCCCCAUCCGGAUAUGCGCGAGCGAUGGAAGUACGUAACCCGGUUAGACGACCGAAUAACGCUCUUGAAUGGAGAGAAGGUUCUCCCUCUGCCCAUAGAAGGUACCAUCAGGCAGAGUGCGUUGAUUGAUGAGGCAGUUGUGGUUGGAGUCAACAGAACAGCUCCUGGGCUCCUUGUAUUCAGGUCGGAGGCCGCAAAGACAACACCUGACGCAGAGUUCUUGGACCUCAUUUGGCCCAAUGUGGAAGAUGCAAACUCACGCGCGGAGCAGUUCUCGCAGAUCUCGCGAGACAUGGUCUGUGUUUUGCCGUACGGAUCCUCUCGUCCUCAGACUGAUAAGGGGUCGAUAAUUAGGGCGCAAGUUUAUGCGCGUUACGCGGAUGUUAUCGAAGGAUUAUAUACUCGUUAUGAAGGACAGUCAGAUGGGACACUCGAGUUGAAUACGGCAGACACUGAGACCUAUUUAAUGAAGCUUUGCCAGAACGAGCUGGGACUACCUAUACCUAACGCCGAGACUAUGUUCUUCGCCGCAGGAGUCGACAGCCUCAAAGCAAUCCAAUUGCGUCGACUCGUGCUAAGAAACUUCAGGAUACAAGACAGCAUGGCUCUUGCCCAAAAUGUCGUUUUCGAAGCGGGCAAUAUAUCACGACUUGCAGAGUUGAUUCAUGCUGCUCAAGCUGGCCGGAACGGCGAUCAGGAAGACCAUGAUUCAAUUAUGCAGCAUUUGAUCGACAAGUACUCUUCAUUUAAAGCUCAUAUCCCCGUCCCUGAGCUCGUGAAGAACGAUAGAGGCGUUAUCUUGACGGGUGCCACCGGCUCCAUUGGCGCGCAUACACUGUAUCAAAUGCUAAACAAUGAUACCGUGUCGGUCGUGUACUGCUUGACGAGACGAGAUAACCCGAAAGAAGCGAUCCUGAAAGCCCUCGAGCAGAAGCGUCUGAGUAUUCUGCCCUAUCGGACGAAGAAGAUCAUUGCCCUCAAGAGUGAUCUUGACCGACCCGAUCUGGGGCUGACUGAGGAGAUGAUCGAAGAAAUGCGACAGUGUGUAUCCUUGAUAGUUCACACAGCUUGGCCAGUGAACUUCAACCUCCCACUGUCCACAUUCACAUCGCACAUCGUAGGACUGAACCAAUUGAUCAAUUUCUCGUUGUCUGUGCAUAUGCCGACACCGGCCGUGAUGCUUUUCUGCUCAUCUAUUUCGACAGCAUUUGCUUCUUCGGCGGACAGUAUAGACGAGCUACCGAUCAGCGAUCUAGGUAGCGCUCUCAGUAUGGGCUAUGCCCGCUCAAAGCUCGUCGGGGAGCGGAUUAUCAGCAACGCGCGAAAAACCGGAGCGAGGACAUACUCUCUCCGAAUCGGCCAGGUGUCAGGGCAUUCCAAGAAGGGUCUCUGGAAUGACAGCGAGGCAAUCCCACUGAUGCUGCGAUCCGCUCUGACACUGAAAGCACUGCCGGAAUUGGACAUGGACUGCUCGUGGCUUCCAGCCGACAAGCUCGCCUGCUCCAUCAUGGAGAUCGCCCGGGUAUGUUCCUCCCAUUCAUCCCACGAUAACCGCGACGACGGCGACGACUCUGUAUAUAAUCUGUGCAAUCCCCAUACCUUUACCUGGUCGGCUAUGCUCAGCACCCUUCGUCAACACGGAUUCGAGUUCCGAACGGUCCCGUUCAACGACUGGCUAGAAAAGCUGCGGCAAAGCGAAGGCAGAGGAGAGGAGCUGCAGAAUCCUGCUGUGAAGUUAGUCGACCACUACGAAGCGAUGUACGGGGGCAACGCACCAAAGCCGAAGAUUUUCCGAACUGACAAAGCUGAGCGGGAUAGCGAGACGUUGCGAAAUGGGCGUUUGAGGAUUAUCCAGGAUGGAAUACUGGCUCGGUAUGUCCAGGAUUGGAUGAAUCGAUGGAAUUGA